AUGACGGGAAGGGUGAUCGUAUUCGUGGGUGCUCCGACUGCAACGGAGCUUCUCGACACUUGGUCGCCUCACGAGGAUGCUUCGGGACAAGCAAAGGACGCUACUCCAUCAAAUGGUGGGCCUAGAUGGAGACGUCUGGAUAUCCCUGACAAAGUCCGCUUCCCGGAAGCUUCUCCGCUGGAAGAAGUACGCUUCUUGUCAUCGUCGUUUCCUGAGACGCAGUUGCAUGCUGAGGAAACGAGAUGGACGCCGCAUACACCUCUGGAGACCUACAUUGAACAGAGCUUUGCCAUAUUCGAGGAUGAAGGACCACAACUUGACGUAGGGGAGAGAAGCCAUACUAUCUUACAAGCGGAUACCCAGCCAAUAGACACGUCGAUGGUGUUAACAUUGACGCCAAUGCCAGCAUACACGUUCGACAUUCGCAUACCGGACCUUGAGGACCUUCCAUCACAAAAAAUGAUUGCCCAAGGAACCUACAAACAUCAUGAAUUUUCCAUACUGGUGGCCAUCAUCGAUAUAGGACAGACCGCCGUGGUCAGGACGAAGAAGGGGGAGGAUCUAGAAAUAGCACGACUGGUCGUGGGAGAUCCCACCGUGUCAGCAUUGGAGGUAUCACUAUGGGGAUGGACAGCAGAAUGGGCAAAAGAAUUUAGAAGACAAGACAUCAUAUUGUUCGAGGGCCUUGGGUUGCAGAGCUUCGAGAACCGUGUUUCAGCGUCAACAAGGCGUAACAGAACUCGAUGCUCACUGCUGUAUCGAACACAGCGACUACACAGGGAAGACGAUCAAUGGCGGCCCAACCUGGCCGGGCAUGACGAGCAGACAAAGAGAGUGAGAGAGCUUCGCGACUGGGUUUUACGUUUCGUCCAUGUGGGAGGACAUCAACAUGAAUCGAACACGUCAUUCGUACCGGAGGAGAGUCAGAUGCUUCCCUGA